CUAACGCUGGCUGGUGGAGUGGUGGCUAGCUUUUUCAAUAAAUUUUAUCUUCUGAAUUUUCAGGAAGUGAUUGUGCUUGUAUUUCACAAACUGUGAUUCUGUAAGUGUUAACGAGAGCAUCAAAGCUGUCCAAAAUGACGGUGGACGGCGACGAAAAACCGGAACGCGAUCGCGUUUUCAUGGACAUAACGAUCGGAGGGCUACCUUCCGGCCGGAUUGUUUUUGAGCUGUACAAUGAUAUUGCACCUAAAACCGCAGAGAAUUUCCGCGCCUUGUGUGCUGGGGACGCCGGGAUUGGGAAAGUUACAGGAAAACCUCUCACCUAUAAGGGUAUGCUGUUCCAUCGAGUGGUGAAGGAUUUCAUGAUCCAAGGAGGAGAUUUCACUAACUCCAAUGGAACUGGUGGCGAGUCCAUUUAUGGAGGCACCUUUGAAGAUGAGACAUUUGAGCUCCCCCAUGACAGGCCUUAUCUGUUGUCUAUGGCUAACAGAGGCAAGGACACCAAUGGCUCACAAUUCUUCAUAACCACACAGCCGGCGCCUCAUCUCGACAAUGUCCACGUAGUAUUCGGAGCGGUGGUGAGCGGCGCGAUGCUGGUGCGGCAGCUAGAGGCGCUCCCCGUCGACCGCAACUCGCGCCCUCUGCAGGACGCCGUCGUCGCCAACUGCGGUCAACUUGUGCGAUUGAAAGCCAAGAAACGUAAGGAUAAGAAGAGUGAGGAAAGCGAAGCAGAAUCUGAGAAGUCGCAUAAGAAGGAAAAGAAACGGAAGAAGGACAAGAAAGAAAAGAAGAAGAAACGCCACCAAUCUACAUCCGCAGACGAGGGUGAAAUAACUGAACCCUCUCAUCCCCUCGUGCAGACCUCGAAAAUAGACCCGCGCGAGAUCCCAGAGGUCCCCACUAACAGGUUCCUUAUGCGAGGGGGCAGGGACAACGAGAGGGAGAGGGAUAGGCCUGACCCUAGGAGGGACAGAGAGAGGAUGCGUUACCGUGAAAGGGACCGUCAUAACGCCUACACCCGCAGUGGUCGGAUGAUCAAGGGACGAGGCGUUUUCCGCUACCGCACGCCUUCUCGCUCCCGCUCUCGCUCGCGCUCGGCGACCCCGCCUCACUGGCGGCAGGCGCAGCGGCGCAUCAUCAAAUUAUCCGAGUUUGAGCGAUCAGAACAGGAGCGCGCAGAUAGGGAACACCAGGAAGCGAAGAAUAAGCCAAGCCGUCCGGACCCCAAACAUACUCGAGAGCGCGCGGUGUCAGGCGGCACUCCGGAAGGUCCUUUUGAAGAGAAAGAAGAGGGCGAAUGCGACACUACUCUUGAACGCUCACGUCACGAGAGAAUCGACUAUAACGCUCUGGACUUCGAAGAGGACAUAGAACAUGAUGAAGCGGCCGCCCGCCCGCCGCGCCGGCGCCGCUCGCCCGCGCGCGAGUCGCGCGCCGACAUGCUCGCGCUGGCGCUCGGCGUCGACCCCAAGCACGACCAGAGGGAACUGGACUCCCGCCACCCUCGCCGCCGCCUCGGCCCCGCCUCCACCGUGGUGGCUGCGGCCCCGCGCCUCUCCUCCGCCGUGGUCGCUGAACCCGUCCGGGCCAAGCACGCCCAAGGCCAGGAGGAGAGGAAACCGGCGGACGGGGAGUAUGACCCCUUCUCUAUGCUGAGGAGCACCUUCCAGGGUAACAAGCCCAAGGAACCGCCCAGAAUAACCAUAGGCCUAGCAUCAGCCGUAGUGGCUGCGGCCCCGCGCCUCUCCUCCGCCGUGGUCGCUGAACCCAUCCGGGCCAAGCACGCGCAAGGCCAGGAGGAGAGGAGACCGGCGGACGGGGAGUAUGACCCCUUCUCCAUGCUGAGGAGCACCUUCCAGGGUAACAAGCCUAAGGAACCGCCCAGAAAAGAAGAACGACCCGAACCGCGUCGAGAACGGCACCAAGAAAAAGAGAAAGAACGCGAACACAAGGAAAAGGAACAAGACAGAACAAAAGAGAGGGAAGAUAGGCGCGAUAGGCACAGGAGCGAGAAAGACGACAGGGAAAAUCGCAAUGAUCGCAAAGACAAGAGGGAAGAGCGCAGCGAACGUCGCUCGCGUUCUAAAGAGAGAGAUAGAACUAGAGAUCGCAGUGAGAGAAAGAGAGAGGUAUCAGACGAUAGAAGGAGGAAAGAUAGUGAGAGUGGUAGGCGCAGCGGAUCCCGUGAUAAGGACAGAAAGAUUGACAGGGAUAGAAAAGACAGUAGAUCCAAUGAGAGAGUGAGAAGGGAUACGGAACGCACCGAGGAAGACAGGAAUAGAAAACGAAGCAAGUCCAACGAUCGGAGAGAUAAGAGACGUAGUUCUAACGAAAGGGACAGAAAGCGCAGCAGGUCCCAGGAGAGGGAAAGAGACAGGAAACGCAGCAGGUCCAAUGAGAGGGAAAGGGAUAGGAAACGAACCAGGUCUAAUGAGAGGGAAAGAGAUAGGAAACGCAGCAGAUCCAAUGAUAGGAGAGUGAGGAGGGACACGGAGCGCAGCGGGACGAGGGAAGGGGACAGAGAUAGGAGUGAGAGGAAGAAGCGAUCCAGAUCGAAGUCCAGAAGCAACUCGCCUUCGUCUCGGCGUGGCAAGCGCUCUGCCUCGGGAGGCAAGUCACCGCAGCAUGACAAGAAAAAGGAGGAGGAGAGGGACGAAGCUCGCAAAGAGCUGAUGGAGAUCGUGCGACUCAUCAAAUCGCGCCAGAAGGAUCGAGAAUCCAAAGCCCAAGAAGCUCAGAAGAAAGGACGGUCGGGCUCCUCCGCGUCGGACCGUAGCGCCAGUCCGCGCCGCCGGUCGCCGUCGCCGCGCCGCCGGCGCUCGCGCAGCCCGCGCCGCCGCCGCUCCGAGGACCGAUAGCGACGACGACUUUAAACUGUGACAUCUCAACAAGCCACGAUGACAACGCGACAAUGUUUGUUUAAAGGUCUCCCCACACUUAUCCAUGCGUUCAGCAAUAGUCAAUAGAAAAAAGCAUCGUAUCUACGCAAUAAAGGCGUAUCCAGAUUAGUCAAUUUUUCGCCAAUCUGAUUAAAUUGCCCGAUUGAAACAGGACGUGCGGACGCAAACGCCAAUUUGGCUCGCCGAAUUCAAUCGCCGAUAAUGACCGAUAUUACCGAUAAAAUGAGGUGCGGACGCAAUAAUACCAAUUUGUGAGGCCGAUAUUUUCGUUAUGGGGCAUUUUUUCAAUUUAGAGGGCUCUAAUAUAUUACCAUAGAUCUAAAAUUGGAGAUUGACGCCAAUUUCAUUUCUGGUCAAAUCGACUUAUUGAUGAGUCUGGAUACCGCUUAAGGUCCGUGCCGAGCCGAGCGACGUUUUUUUCGUUCUUAUGGAGAACGGCGAGACGAAGAGGGAGCAGUAUGUACACACUCGUUCUCAGCCUACGUACGAGUGUGUAUUGCCGCCAUAGCCGGUAUCAUUGCGUAGACAUAAUGCUAUUUUGUAUCGACUUCUGCCGAUUCCGCGUCGAUAAGUGUGGGGCAAGUCGAAAUUAAAAAUUGUAGGUAUUCUGUUUAUUCUCGUAAGGCCCAAUGUGCAUUACAAUGUACACUCAUUUUUAAUCUAGAGUUAGACCAAGAAUAGUCUGCAGCGAUUUUUAAAACCCACGCAGUGCAAGUUCUAUGAAAUUAUAAAUAACACUUGCACUGCGUGGGCUAUCAAAAUCGCUGCAGACUUUUCUUGGUCUAACUCUAAUUACCUUUCAUAAAUCAAAUAAUGUUGCAUUUCUAAAAUGUCAUUACAUUUUGAAAUAAACGAAUUUCAUCUCAAUUUACUACAUAACACGGUUCAAAUUAAAAAUAGGAGAAUUUUGUCAAGCAGGCCUUACGACGUUUAUAAUUUUGCCUUGACGUUUUGGUGUUUACUUUGAGUCCUAAAAUUUAUGUGUUUUAUAACUAUGAAUUAAAAAUAUUUCUGUUUUCGAUUAGUAGUAACAUUAUGAUAGUAGGUAAGGCAAUGUUCUUAUAGUUUAGGUGUAUUUGGAGACCAAAAAAAUCUUGGAGCUAAAAUGUAAAUCAUUGGACGAAAAUGACCUCUAGGCCUAGCACAGAGGCGCGAGGCCUACGGGCAUGUUAUACAAAGAUGUACGGUUGGUUUAGACUUGAGUCCUUUGAGUCAUCUGCUUUUAGACUCUACAGUGUUGCCACUUUUUAAUUUCAAUUUUUUGCCAAGCUGUAAAUUACUUUCUAUACAUCUCGCUUGCACUAAUAUGUGAGUACGAGCUAGCGGCAUAGAAAGUAAGUUACUUAGACGCGAGUGAAUAUGUCAGUGGUACUUGACUGCGGACUCUUUCGUCAGUCUUUUCAGAUUACUAUUUUUUAGGGUUCCGUACCCAAAGGGUAAAACGGGACCCUAUUACUAAGACUUCGCUGUCCGUCCAUCCGUCCGUCCGUCCGUCCGUCUGUCACCAGGCUGUAUCUCACGAACCGUGAUAGCUAGACAGUUGAAAUUUUCACAGAUGAUGUAUUUCUGUUGCCGCUAUAACAACAAAUACUAAAAACAGAAUAACAUAAAGAUUUAAAUGGGGCUCCCAUACAACAAACGUGAUUUUUGACCAAAGUUAAGCAACGUCGGGAGUGGUCAGUACUUGGAUGGGUGACCGUUUUUUUUUUCUUUUUCUUUUUUUUUUUUGCAUUAUGGUACGGAACCCUUCGUGCGCGAGUCCGACUCGCACUUGCCCGGUUUUUUUCACAAGAGCAGAGAUUUGAAAAGUAGUAGAGUUCUGCUUUAGAGAAAGACUCAAGUUGCUACCAACACUAUUGUAUAUGAAUUACUAGAGUUUACACCAUUUCUCAUCAUAUUAUCAAUUAUUUUAUUUUACAAUAGUCAUACAAUGAAGUUUAAAAGUGUCUUUCUGUAUAAAACAUUUGUGCUAAUGACACUUUCGCUAAUAAUAUUCUAUAGAUACCUUUUAAUAUGGCACAUGCAUAUUUUAUUUUGCUUUCCUAUGGAAUUUUUAUUAUUUAAGGACAACCAUAAGAAUGAAUUCAGAUUCAGACCAAGAUAAGCCCGAUUUUGAGUCCAGACAGUGCAAGUGUUAUUUUAAAAGUCAAACUUCUAUGAAAUAAUAAAUAACACUUGUUCAACCCAUGCUGUCAAAAUCGUUGCAGAGUUAUCUUGGCCUAACUCUAGCUAAAUUUCACGUAUCUUAUAAGUUUUUGGUUUUUUAGACUGUCGACUUAAUGAAAAUGUAGUGUUCUAAAUCGGUUCUUAUUCUUAAGCUGUAUGGUAUAUUAUGUGACUAUUAUCUCAAUAAAUGUAUUAAAUUAAAA